AAAUCUAAAUUCAAAAAUUAAUCACCUUCAAAAUUUUAUCACCUGAAGAUUUUGCAAAAAGAAAAUCGAGAAAGAUUAUCGAUAAUAAUAUCUCUUCAAAAUAUCAUAUGAACAUCUCUUGGGUGAAGAACUUUCAAGGCAAAAAUUAGAGUUAUGAAAAUCUGAAUUAAGUUACAGCCUAUGGAUAUGAUUAAUACAUACUAUAUAAAUAUGGCUCCUAAAAUCCACGACUUAUUGUUAAUUUUCCAGGUCAGCAUGCAUCUCAGAUACGUCCUAAAACGCACGUGGUUCACGUGCUUGCGGGUGCCUAAUGCAAGUAACGAGUAUUCCUGGCGGGACAAGCAGCGAUACAUGUAUCUGAGAUUACGCCGGCUGGUCAGCAGCUACAACAAGCAUCUGUUCCAUAAGCUGCACCACGAACGCAAGCUGAUUCUUCAAGCGACGACGCCGUCGUUGGCCGAGUCCCGAAGACCGCCGCCGGCCUCCACGUAUUCGGGAUACGGCGAGUACGGGGGGCAGUUCUUUUAUUACGGUAACAUGAGCAAAUACGCUUACGAGAAUAGAUUCAAGUACACGAGACCGAGUAGCGCGGAGAACACCGGCGGGGAGCUCGAAGAGGAGACCAAUAGGCCGCCCUGCUUCGAUUUAGUCAUUGGAAUCCAAUUAAGGCAAUUCAACACGAAUAAAACAAUUAUUUGUAAAAAUCAUGGUAGUUGAAAAAGUUGUCGAAACUCUCCCCAAGUUCUCUCCCUGCGGACAGUUCGUUUUAAGAGCCCUUCUCGUCUCUCCUUAAACUG